UGUACAAAAUUUCGCCACAGCACGAAAUGUCUCACAGAGCAUAACAUUUCUCAUCGAAAAAUGCUCAGAAUGACGUAAGCUGUGGGUUAAUAAUUAGCAAGGAGAAGCAAACAAGGACUAGCAAGAAGUGCGGACAGCUCUUGAAACAACGUUUCUACAAGUUACGAUGGAGACGACAGCCAAGACAACUCAAGAUGAUAAGGUCAGUCUUGAGACGACAAAAGAAGAUGGGCAUAAGAAGCAAUCAAGUUCAGAGCUUGGACAACAAGCGACGACAACAGAUAAAAACGUAAACCAAAACAACGCAGAAGAAACAGAUUCAAGGAAUUCUGCGACCAGGAGAAAUAAAAACAAGAAAUCCAAACACACGAAAGCCACUGAUGCUUUGACUGACCGACCUGAGGAAUCGACCAAAGAUCCAGACCCUUAUCCCCACCGUGAGACGAAACAAGAUGCUGCGUACAAAGCCAGACCAAGGUCCUCCAGAGGCAAGAGAAAGAAUGCAAUGCAGUUUGACUCACAGAAACCUAGUGGUGCAGAUGCUACAAAGAGCCAGGGUGCAACACCUAAGAAAGACUUUGGAGGAUCUUCAAGGGACAAGAAGAAAGGCUCUCGGACACCCAACAAACAUCAUCCUAGUGUAAACGGUGGUGACACGACACCCACUAAGGGGGAGCACCAAAGUCAAAGUACACCAAGGUCAGCAAGUAGGGGUCAAUGUCAAGGAAAUCCAACAUCAAAGAGCAGGAACUAUGGUGGUACUCCCAACAAGAAUAAAAACUUCAAGCCUUUUGAAGAUUAUCUCUCGUUGGAAGAAGUCUCGGAUGGAUUAAAGAGAAAACGUCUGCUUCAAGGAGCUAUACGGAUCAACCCAAGGAACUUUGAAGAAUCUUACUUGGCCGCACAGGAUGGUGGAGCUGAUAUUUUUCUGAAUGGACUCACGGCCCGUAAUCGCGCUUUGGAGGGGGACGUCGUCGUUGUUGAAUUUCUCCAUAAGUCUAAAUGGAAGCUCAUGGAAGACGAUUAUCAGCGAUACAAGCAAAUGGGUCAGAAGGAAUCAAAAUCAAAAUCGACUUCAAAGCCAAAGACUGAAGAAGCCGUUCUCGCCAAGCAACUCAAAGAUCUGAAAAUAGAAAGUCUCCAAGACAAGAGUGCAAUGAACCCCACUGGGGAAGCAGCUGAAAUCACUAAAGAUGAACUAGCUUUGGGAAAACAUGACAAAGCUGACUGUUUGACGUUCGAAAAAAGCUCCCAAUCGGAAAGACCUGAGACAGAGAAUCAAGCCUCAAAAGGACUCGAUACUAAGAGCCAAGAUGAAGGAGGAAGUCUUCAGGAGGAGACUGAUUCUAUAGUGAAGAGGCUUUUUCCUGAGGAGGAUAAGAAGGAACAAGGCAUGGACGAGGAGAUUCCUGAGAGGUUUUAUCAAAGGCUUGCCAAGGUUGUUUACAUUGUUGAGAGGAGCCACUCUAGAGCAUGCAGCGGAAAAUUGAGACCACCACCUAUGAAGAAUGCUCCAAACGCUGUGUUUUCACCGUCUGAUUACCGUGUGCCAAGGAUCUACAUCCCAGUGUCUGAAUGCCCAGAGGGAUUCUUAGAGCGUCCCGGUGAUUUUGAAUCAACUCUGUUUAUUGCGAGGAUAGAUGAGUGGCCUUAUAACUCACCGUUUGCUCUAGGCCACCUUCACCGGAGUCUUGGGGAGGCUGGAGAAAUCGAGCCAGAAACAGAAGGGAUGCUGAUGGAGCAUGGAGUAGACUACUCGGACUUCUCAGACGAGGUCAUAGCUUGUCUUCCUAAGAACCUUCCUUGGACUAUUCCUCAAGAUGAGAUUGCAAAACGUAGAUCCUUCCGAGAUGAAUGUGUCUUCACUAUAGAUCCAGCUACGGCCAGAGACCUUGAUGAUGCUCUGUCUUGUGUUGCACUAGGGGAUGGGGAAUAUGAAGUUGGAGUGCACAUCGCUGAUGUCAGCUUCUUCGUUGAUGAGAACAAUGCACUGGAUGAGGUUGCCGGAUUGAGGGCCACUAGUGUCUACUUGGUGCAGAAGGUGAUUCCUAUGUUACCACGGUUACUCUGUGAGCAUCUUUGCAGCCUCAACCCCAACGAGGACAAGUUGACCUUUUCGUUUCUAUGGCGACUCACGGAGAAUGGAGAGAUCCUUGAUGAGUGGUGCGGUCGUUCAGUCAUCCGCUCCUGUGUCAAGAUGAGUUACGCUCACGCCCAAGGGAUCAUCACGGAGCCUGAGAGAGUCUGGACACCAGAGGAGAUGCCGACAAUCACAAAUGGGUUCACCAUCCCGGACAUCGUGGAGAGAGUUCUUAAUCUUAACAAGAUUGCCCAGAAUAUGAGGAAGAAACGUUCCGAUGACGGAGCGUUACGCCUGGACCAGGUGAAGCUACUGUUUACUCUGGAUAAAGAGAGUGGUUUACCGUCCGGUUACAAUGUUUACCAACAGAAAGAGAGUAACAAAUUAGUAGAAGAGUUCAUGUUGCUUGCCAACAUGGCCGCCGCUCAUCGAAUCUACAACGCCUACAAAGACACUGCCCUCUUGCGACGUCACCCUCCACCCAAGACCAAAAUGAUUGACGACCUGAUCCUGAUGUGUUCGGAGAUCGGACUCAAAGUCGACGGUAGCAGCUCCAAGUCGAUUCAGGAAUCGCUGAACCGUUACAUUGGUCCUGUAGGAGAUAAAGCAUCGUGGGGCAAAGGUCAAAUCCUGACUGUGUUUUAUUCAAAACCGAUGCAGAGAGCCAAGUAUUUCUGUACCGGGAGCAUUGAAGUUGAGGACCACUUUCGUCACUACGCCCUCAAUGUUCCGUUUUAUACGCAUUUCACAUCGCCCAUCAGACGUUAUGCUGACAUCAUUGUUCACAGACAACUUGCUGCAUCCCUAGGUGUUGGUCCUGCCUCUCAGAGGGAUGAAGUUACGAUUCAAGACCAAGCUGUGAGAUGUAACGAGCGCAAAGAUGCUGCCAAGAAAGUCUCAGAUAUGAGUGGGGAGAUGUUCUUCGCUAUAUUUGUCCGGGAGUGUGGCCCCUUGAAGCAGGAUGCUAUGGUGAUGCAUGUACUGGAUCGUGCCAUUGAUGUACUAGUGAUGGAACUAGGGGUGGUCAAAAGAGUCUACUGCAAUGCACUCCCCUUGAAGAGCUUCAAAUUUGAGAAGCAAGGCAAGCAGGGCCUGAUGAAGAUCGUCUGGGAACCAGAUCACAUGCAUCCUGAAGAAGAAACACAGACCUUACAGCUGUUCUCAUUGGUCAAAGUUGAGCUCAAGGCUGGAAAAGAACCACUCAAGUUUGAUGCAAACCUGAUAAGACCAGAGUAGUCAUCGGAUAUUGGAUGAAAGGUGUAAGAUGAAAGAGAUAUGCACAUGACAAUAUACCCAGGGAUGAGGAAUUUCAGACUUUUAUCCGAGUUUAGACUUCACAAGUCAAACCUGGUGUAGUAAAUCAGCUACUGUUUUUCCCACAAUAAGGAAAUCCUACUCUUUGAUCUACUUCUUUAGUGCUGUGGACACUUUUCCUCAAAGCUCUGUGGAAUCUAUAAACUCCAGGGGUUACCAAAAGAUGGAAAUGCCAUCAUCUCAACAUGUCUCCUAAUAUUUGGAUCCUAGAUUUAGACUUGUUCGUCAGCACUGACUCUCACCAAUGAAUAAUAUGUGGAAACGAUUUGUGCUACAACACCUAAGCUAAAAUGACCUGUACAAGUUAAAAUAAUGCUUACAAAAUUAGGUCACAGGAUAAUAGUGAAUGGUACAGUCCAAAAUCCCCUAAGGUUAGAGGUUAGUGACUGUGACACGCAACAGCUCUCCAAUGUUUGUUACCAAGUCAGUUUUUAAGUUAACAUUUGUUUUGAGUAAUUACCAAACGUGUACCUUUAAACACAAGAGUUUAAAUGAUAGGGAAGGGGCCAUUUGUUAAGGCAAACCGAUUUAUUUUUUAUCUGAAAUUUGUUUCACUUUGAAUUAAUUCCCUCUCAGUUAAGAAUUAAUAUGAAAAACUAAUGAAUUUUAAAAACCUGUUAAUUUUUAAACUAUUUUUUAAUUAUGCAAAUUAUUUGAGAGGUUUAAUUGAAUUUUUUUAUUUUUAAUUCGAUUAGUAUCUAAAUUUUUAGACAUAAGAUUAAUUCGUAAAGGCCUUGUCUUGAUGGAAAUAUGCUUCGCCAGCAGAUAUUCUUCUAGCUGGUAUUUUAAAGUUGAAAAAAAAAAAAAUAA